AUGAGCACUGCAUCGCCGCCGCCGCCCGGUCGGCCCCGCCUCCCAAUCCGCGACCUCGCGCCGCCUGGCCCUGCCUCGCCGCCGCCGCCGCCCGGUCGGCCCCGCCUCCUCAUUCGCGACCCGGCGCCGCCUGGCCCUGCCUCGCCGCCGCCGCCGCCCGGUCGGCCCCGCCUCCCCAUCCGCGACCCUGCGCCACCUGACCCCACCUGGCCGCCGCCGCCCGGUCGGCCCCGCCUCCCCAUCCGCGACGCCCGGCUUCGCGCGCCGCCGGCCUCCGAGCACCCGCAGCCGCCCGCCCGCGCCGCCGGCCUCCGAGCACCCGCAGCCUCCCGCCUCCACCUCCGCUCCUCUCCUUCGCCCCCGCCUUCGCACGCCGCGGGCCUCCGCCUCCUCUGCUCUCCUCUGCCGGCGGCGGGGCUUGGGGCACAGAGUUGGCAGGGUCAAGUGGAUCCAGCGCCCGGAUGA